AUGGCGGCCCUUAGACUUUUUUCGCUCGCCUCUGCGUCUGCGUUCUUGAUGGCGAACGCCGUUCAUCAAACGGCAAAGCAAGCUUCAUUGAUAGCGGAGGGAUCGUCCGCAACCUACACUGUAAAACUCGCGGAAGCUAAUGUGUGCCUCGACGAAAUGAACGCUGCACGCGAAGCCGCUGGACUCAAACACUUCGUAAAGGAGAGCGGUGAAGCCCUAGAGUGGCCUGCACUUACACUGGAUCAAAGACAAGAGCAAAAAAAUCCUGCAUGGGAUCCUGUUUGUAAGGCUCUGAUAGGAGAAGACGCAGAACAAGUAGAAAAUAACGUAGCUGAACAUGGAUUUAACAGUGGUACAUACGCCUACAUGGCCUUGGAAUCGGCGACGGCCGACUGUGCCGCCGCAGUGAGCCACUGGAAGGACGCCGUCAGCAACUUCACUACAAUCCCUCCGGCGAAGAAUGACCAAACGACAAUCUACAAGACACAGCAGAACAUUUCGUUUGUUGCUCUGUACAACCCUCAAGAGAAUGCCGCUGCUGACUGCCAGGUCGUUACCUGCACGCAAACGGCAGCUGCCGGAACCCCAGGAGUGCAGGACGCAAACGCUGAUGGAGGGAAGACAGGCUAUGCUCUACUGUGCAUGACCACACCUGAAGCACUUACAGACAAGGCAGCUCCCUUCGACGAAGAGCAGUGGAAGAAGAUCAAGGCAUCCAUCACAGGUUCUGCCUCUGCUGUUGCCCCGAGUCUGCUGGCCGUCGCUAUUGCGGCCGUUGGCUUGUUGGCCCUAUAA